CGGAAGUGCGGCGCGCGCCGGAGCCCCAGUCACUCAGUGCAUCGCCUCAGUUCCACAGCGUCCGGGGGAUUCGACCCAAACUACUCGUGUGUCACUGGGAAAACGUGCGAUGUUGCUGGACGAGACGCCGCUUUUUGACCCCACCUUGCUCCAGGAUCUGGACUGGAGCAACAGCAAGGUGUCCUUCUCACCCCCUAUCUCGCCCUUACAGCCCGGAGACGGCCUCGUCCUCCGUCCUCUCCGCCCUGCCGACUUAGACAGAGGACUGUAUAAGGUCUUGUCACAGCUCACAGUGGCAGGAGACGUCACGAAAGAGCAGUUCCGAGCGAACUUUGAACACAUGAAGAAAACGGGCGACUAUUACGUUAUUGUGGUCGAGGACACGAACCUGGGACAAAUUGUUGCCACAGCGAUGCUCAUCAUCGAGCACAAGUUCAUCCAUGCAUGUGCAAAGCGAGGGCGUGUUGAGGAGGUGGUGGUGAGCGACAUCUGCCGAGGGAAACAACUGGGAAAACUGCUCGUCGCCACGUUGACCCUGCUCAGCAAAAAACUCCAGUGCUACAAGAUCACUCUGGAGUGCGCGCAGAAGAACGUGGAGUUCUACAAGAAGCUGGGGUACAUGGCGUCAGAGGAGACCUACAUGCAGUGCCGCUUCUUCGACUGAGUCCUUACAGAGCGUGCAGCUCCCGAGAUCUGAGCUCACACUGACUUUUACCUUGCUUCUCCACCAUUUUCCUUUCAAGCAAGGGCUAGCUAAGACUCGAAGGUAGUUUGGGACAAAACUAAAAACGUAAGAAAAAAAAUCUGCCAAAUCUGCAGCAUGAUGAAGGAUUGUGCCAGUAGUACAUGUGAUUGCUAAAGGUCUCUUUAGUUUGUUAGUCAAUGAUGCUGGAAGAUGCUAUCUUUAAGAAGGUACUUGAACAUUUUCUAAAAAAAAAAACCUAAAAAAAAAAAAACCCCAGAGGUAUAACUUUUCUAUUCUAUACAGUAAUUUAUAUUUUAUUUUUACUUAUAAUAAACAGUACCAAAAUAUUCUCUUAACGGAGAACCAAGAACAGUUUUGAAAAUUAAAAUCGUGAGGAAGCAUGUUUUGCUUAUUCAUACACAAUCAAUUGCGUGAUCCUGUGAAGUCACAUGUUAUCUAUGUUAGCCUCACAGGUGCCAGCGGCUCGGUUUCUUUACUCGUCUCUCGUAAAUGCUGGGUUAGACAUUCCGGUGACUCUGGAGAGAACCAGAAGCUGACUGCCAUGACGUUUACGUAACUUUACCGCUUAGACAUGUGCCGAUAUCAUAGGGAUGGGAAUCACCAGGGGAACACGUGGUACAUCAUCAUAUUAUCACGAUACCCGGGUGACGAUUCGAUUUGUAUUGCGAUUCCGUAAGUGUCAUGAUUUUGAAUUUGUUCCUACCACACAGCAUGCCGUGCUGCCUGCCAAUGUGUAAACAGUUUAUAUCCACCUUGAGGAUUUUAGAAGAACUGCAACUUGUAUCGAUAUCAAAUUAAAUUUUAUUUAUACAGGAAGUUGGUAGGGAGCGUCAUCAAGGUGAAACUGAGAGCACGUCACAGGCUUUCCUUACCGACUAAGAGUAGGCAGUAUCGUCUACAGUGAAAACGGGUACGUCAGGCCGAGCUCAUAGCUACUGAAACCCCGGAUUGGCGCCAUCAUCUUUUAGGUCACACUGUGACGUAACAGGGCUCCAGUGUCAUUAGGUCAUUCUGUGAGCGUGUCACAGGCGCUUCUCACCGAAUGCAACAGUAACGAAAACGGGUCGAGCUCAUACCUACCGAGCCCCCGGAGCAGACAUAAGGGUUGCUUAAACAUGGGGGCAGCGUGAAGAGAGGCAGAGAGUUGACCGCCCUCUACAUUCUGCAAGUAACGGUAGCAGACUAGCAUCUGCGUGUAACCUCUAGUAUAACUAAAUAAAUUAAUGCUGCACAAAAGAAUCGCAAUAUAUAACCAAAUCAUUUUUUUUUUAUUUAUAAUAAUACCCUCCCAUUUCUACGAUGUCGUUUCCUGUCACGGUAAGCUCUUAAUUUCUCACGGUUUAUGUAAAUAUCUUUUUUUUUUUUUUAAAUCCUACAGCUAAUUUGUUUGUGACAACACUACUACUACUACUGCGCACUGUAACAUGCUGAUUAUAUGUCGAGCCUCGAUAAGAAGUCUCUUAUUUAUUAGCAGAAUGUACACCAGAGAGAAUGUCAACUGAUUACAAAUCUGUUCCUAUUAAAUAAUGCAUCACUAUCUAAUGUUUAUUUUUAUAUCAGUAAGUCAGGCUUACACUUUGGAUCUGGACUUGUUUAUACUGUAUAAUCCUUUGUUAUAGUGAAUGCUCUAUAUGGAAGAAAUGGGUAUAAAGUUAUUUUUAAAACCAAAUUC